AAAUGAAAGCCUUUCUUUUAGUAUGCCUCCUUGCUACAUCUUUGAUGGUUAAUGCAGUUGAAAUUCCUUAAGAUAAAGUCCUAAGCUCACAAUCAGAUUACCCCAGCUUCCUCCACGUUGAAUAAGUAUGCCCUAGUUGUUGCUAUGGUGUAUGCUGCCAAAACUAAAGUAGCUGUGUUAAAGGAACGUGUAAUUCACCAGUUGCCCCUUGGAAUUGUAUCUGAGAAUGAUCGAUUAUAUAUUCACAUCAUAAUUAAGGCAAUCAUUAUUAUUGUACUUGUCUUCAUUAUCAUUACUUUUUAUUUUCUCAUGUCUAAAACGAAUAUUACAUAUUUUUGAAAUUGUUUAAAUUUCAAAUUUUUCCUUCUUUUUUUUCUCAAUCUCAUAGCAUUAAAAUACCCUUUCCAUUCAUAUUUCCAUUACAUCUUUCUUCUUUUCUUUAGUGCAUGUUGAUUGA